CAUCUGCAUAAUUGCAAAGUGCACAAAUGUUUGUUCACUCAUGGACAGGUUAAGACUCCUGUGACUUGACACGAAUUUCUUAAAAUACGAUUGCGCUGUAGGGGAUUUUAGUAUUUUCACAUUUUUACGGAUGAUGGAGGAGGUUGACAAUAUUAUUAUUCAUUCGUUGCGUCAAAUAGGCUGUGACAUAGAAGAGAGUAUAACAAAUCUGGGUGGUUUUACUACAGAGCUAGUGGUAGAAGCAACAGUAAGAUGCUUAGAUAUAAUAAGGCCAGGUCUUGGAGUAUCCAUAGUUUUACCUAUGAAUAUGGCAGCCCGUUUUCGAUUGGGCGCAACACUUGCUCAAGCAUGUUCGGACUUAGGAUACAAAGGUGAUAUUGGUUACCAGACAUUUCUAUAUAGUUCAGAAGCUGAUCUGCGAAGAGUUUUCAUGUUCCUCAUUGAAAAGUUACCAAAAGAACAUGACAAGACUAUAAAUGAACCGAUUAGCAAUGUUGCAUUAUUAGAGAAGUCUAUAGCUGCAGCAAUAUCGCAAGGCCUUUCCGCCCCAUGGUUGCCACAUUAUUGUCAUACAAAGGGAUUUAGAAAUAGAGGCAGAGCAAGUGUCCCUUAUGUAUCUGUAAAUAUAGAGGUACCAAUAAUGAGCAGUGAUGAAGAAUAUCAAGACUAUUGCAUACACUAUUUGCAACCUGUGCCUAAACAAAUGCAAAAUCAACAAUCCUUUUUACCUUCUUUGAUAUCCUACAAAGCAAGAGCACAUCAUACUCAAUCCACGAAUAUUAUUGAUCGAAUAAAUUGGUUAAAUAAAGUACAUAGUGAAAAGAUUACCGACAUUAACACAUCGAGCGAAGUCAAUGUUCUCAAUAGGAUUUCGAUAAAAGAGACGACGAAAAUUAUUAAACAAUCUCAUGUAAAGGGCGAGGAUACUUCAGAAUCUACAUUAUCGAAACAAGAAAACGUAAACAAGAUGAAAAAACAAGAAUUAGAGGUAGAGAAAAUCAAAGUAGAGUGUGAAAGUCUUAGAAGUAAUAUGGAAGAGUUGCAAGAUGAAAUUAAAAAAUUAAAUACUAGCUUAACGCAAGUAACAAUCAAUUAUCAAAACGAGGAAAAAGAAUUGACGAUAAAUGAGGAACAGAAAAAGAUCAAAGUUCGAAUUUACGAUUUGCUGCAAGACGGUGAAGAAAAUAUUAAAAAAUUGGAAACGACAAUCGAAGCCACCACGAACAAAUUACUUAGUCUAGGCAACCAAUGGGAGAAGCAUAGAGUGCCACUGAUUCAAAAAUAUAGGCAAGAAAGAGAGAAACACUCAACGAAAGCUAGUGCAAGCCAAAAAAAACUUGACGAAAUUAAAUUGUUAAAAGAGAAGGGAAGAGAACUUCAAGAAGAAUGCCGUAACAAAGAUCAACAAUACUCGCAAUUGGUCGCUGAAGUUCAGAAGCUUCCUAAAGAAGUCAAUAGAUCGGCAUACACUCAACGAAUUUUAGAAAUAAUCAAUAAUGUUAGGAAACAAAAAGACGACAUCAAUAAAGUUCUAGCUGAUACACGAGAAAUCCAGAAAGAGAUUAAUACGCUUACGGGUAGAGUGGAGAGAUCGUUCACGGUGGUCGAUGAAUUAAUAUUUCGAGAUGCAAGAACAAACGAAGCAUCGAGGAAAGCUUAUAAAUUGUUGGCUACACUUCAUUCUGAUUGCAGUGAACUUGUAAAUUUAGUCGAAGAAACAGGUGCCACUAUACGAGAAAUCAGAGACUUAGAAGAACAGAUUGAUUCUGAAUCUACGAAAAAUGUCGGAGCAAAUUUGGAGAGAAUAACUGCUGAUCUGAAACAAAUGAAACAAGAAACAGCAGCAUUAACUGCACAAUUGCAAAAUAAAUCGUCGUGAUUGUUAUAUAAUUUAUGGUAUAACAGUACAUGUCGUGAUUACUGCGAUCAGAACAUUCCUUGCAAACAAAUGAAGUUAGGAAUACGACGACCAAAUUUUCUAGUACUGUAAGAUCUGAGGCACACACUAGCUGCCUAUAAUGCAGUCCUUUUAAGUCGAUUGAGACUUAAUUGUUGAAUAUGUACCUUGGUCUGAAAUUAUGUAAUUUUAAAUGUGCUUAAAAUUUGGCCAAGUGUAUGGACAUACACUCAUUCGAUACUAACGCUCAAAGGGGACGUUAUUUGUUACAGAGCCUAAUAAUUUUUUAGCAUAAAAUUUAAUUAUACAAUUAACUUUCAUAUUUCUAAGGAUAAGCGGCUUUGGAGAAACCCUCCUAUAAACGUAUGUAACACACAUAUAACAAGAGAAAAGAACUCUUCUAAGUGAAUAUGUACAAAGUAUGGAAGAGAGAGAUAAAUAAUAUGUAAUAUAUUUUUAUUGUCUCUUA